CAGACUCAAUGUAGGGGGAAAAUAAUAUCUCAACUCUCGCGAGAUGAGUUGUAGUGGCGCGAAUAAACAAGGAGGUUCUCCAGUAAAUACACGCUGAUCUGUUACUUGUGGUUCUCUUCACUAAACUUGAAAACUAUGAUGGACGCUUUGUCUGAUGACGGCAGCGACGUCAACCAAGAUGACACUCAGGAAGAUGUUAUGACCCCGGCAGAGCUGAUAGCCAAACUGGAAGAAGCUUGGCUGAAUGAGAAGUUCUCCCCGGAGCUGCAGGAGAACAAAUCAGAGGUGGUGGAGUGUGUGAUGGAGCAGCUGAGUCACAUGGAGGAAAACCUGCAGCGUGUGAAGAAAGGUGACGCGAAGGCCAGCAUCCAUCGCAUGGAAAUAGACCGGAUUCGCUUUGUGCUCAGCAGCUACCUGCGCUCCCGUCUGCAGAAGAUUGAAAAGUUUUUCCCGCAUAUCCUGGAGAGAGAGAAGUCUCGAGGGGAGGGAGCUCCGUCACUGCUUUCACCCGAGGAGUUUGCCUUUGCCAAAGAGUACUAUGCCAACACAGAAACCUACCUGAAGGCUGUAGCGCUGAAGCGCAUGCCACCCAACCUGCAGACCGUGGACAUGCUCAAAGCAGUGCCUGAGCCAUGCCUGGACUCCUUUGUGUUCCUACGAGUGAAGGAGAGACAGGAAAACAUCUUGGUCGAGCCUGAAGCAGAUGAUCAGAGAGAGUAUGUUGUAGACCUUGAAGAGGGCUCUCAACAUCUAAUGCGGUAUCGAACGAUAGCCCCGCUUGUUUCAAGUGGAGCUGUGCAAUUAAUUUGAACGUCGUGGUCUGGUGUUGAUGUUUUUGGCUCCAGGAGGUCGGGGAAAGAGAGCAAUGGCCUAUUUCUGUCACAUAGCGGUAAUGAGGAAGAGACACAUGAACCUGCAGAGAUUACAUCUGGAAAUGCAUCCAUCUUUCUCACUGUUGUCAGGAUUAAGGACUCAUUUGUGGGAUGCAAACACAGACAUUCUUGUCACCAUGUCUUCAAGACACCGUGGAAGAAUAACACCAACUAUAAGGCCAUUACUGGUAUUGUGGGAAGCGCUUGAUGACGAAUGAACUCUGUUCUCCAAAGCAGCGUUUGCAUUGCUGCGGUGUUAUUUUUGGAUCGUACUAAUCAACAUACGUUUGGUUACAUAAUUCUAAUGUAUUCUGGUGUGACGGUGUACGUGAGGCUGGCAAAGAUAAGUGUGUAAUGCUAAUUCAUUCUGUUACUCUGUUGACACAUCAUUAGAAUUUCUCCUCUGAUGCUCAGUAACCAGAUGCACCCGAAGGUGAACGCUUCAUCAGUUCGCUUGGCGUCGUAGUGCGCACCAACCCAAGGUGCACGUGUUGAUGUGGGUGUACCUUUUAAUGAGUCACACUUAAAUUCAUCAAUAUCAUUAUAAAUAAUAGAAAUCCUGUCAACGUUCAGAUGACUACCACGUUCAGAAUUGUAAAUAAUAUGCUUUUAUCUCCCCUCUGCUUCUCAAGUUCAAAGUUUCCUUUGAGUGUGUGUGUGUUUUGUCUUCUCUGAGACAUGAUUGUUAUAAUCACAUUGUUAUGUAAGAGCGUCAGAGGGAGCAAUCAGUGCUUAUUGUUUGCCCUCGCACAAAUUGCCCAGUAUUUGGAACUAAUAAGGGACUGAGGGAGCGCGAGGCUGUGCUGAACCAAACCACGUGUUAAAUGACUGUCGUCUUCUCAACUGCACUGCGGAUCUAGCUAAUAAGGAAUCCUAUUACCCAUCCCAUUACUUAUUAGUGUUACUGGGAGAUGAGUCUGAUGAUCUCACCAGGAAAGAAAAAUAAAUUCAGACUUUUGGUUAGACUCCUGAUAGCUCACAGAGAAGCUAUCAUUCAUAUAAAGUGUUAGGGAAUGAAUGCAGGAAAAAUAAAAACUUGUAUAUGA